CGUAUACCUCGGCAGUCAAGUCACCAUCCUCCGGAUGAAGUUGACUUUUGUCCUCGUUCCAUCUUCAGCAUCAUUAUCAUCAUAUAUACAUUUAUUGUCCCAUUUGGAUCUAGAGGAGAGCUCUGGCAUCUGCUUUACAGUGAGCAAACGGGGACGUACUAGUACCCGCCUCGAGCCGUAUCAUGGCCGACAAGGCUCUUGCCGACGCUGCGAAAUGGAAUCAACCAUAUACUGAACCGGACCCUAAUAACUACUCUGCUUAUCAACGAGAACUUUACCAGCAGCUCCGGACUCCCAAGUUUUCCACCAAACCAUCCGAAUGGGAGGCAUUGGCCCGCUCUAAAGUGCCAGCCGCCAAUUUUGGCUAUGUGUAUGGCUCAGCGAGUAGUGGACAAACUCAUGCUGCCAACAUCGCCGCUUUUGACCGCUACCGGCUUCGGCCACAGAUGCUGGUCAAUGCAACCCGACGGGAUGUGAGUGUCGAACUGUUUGGUAAAAGAUAUCCUAGUCCACUCCUCGUCGCUCCUGUCGGGGUUCAAAAAAUCAUGCACAGCGAUGCCGAAGAAGCCACCGCCAGAGCGGCUCGGAGAGUGGGCGUGCCCAUGAUCCUGUCCUCAGCAGCAACCCGCACCAUUGAGCAGGUCGCCGAAGCCAAUGGUGAUGGUAAUCGCUGGUACCAGCUUUACUGGCCCAAACCUCAGUGGGAAGAACUCACCGUCAGUCUGUUGAACCGGGCAAAAGCCAACGGAUACAAAGUGCUGGUAGUGACUUUGGACACUUUUAAUCUGGCUUGGAGACCGACCGACCUAGACAGUUCCUACCUGCCUUUCAUCUGGGGAGAUGGGUGUCAAAUAGGCCAUUCCGAUCCCGUCUUCAACAAGAGGUUUGAGGAAAUGCAGAAAAAUGAUAAGAGAACCUCCCGCGAAAAGUUGGCCGAGCUCUGGACGAUCUUGAGGAGACCUGGAUCGAUCUACGGUGCUGCUCGUGUUUUAAUGAACAUCAAUACGUUGCAGAGGUCUAGGGUGUUGUUGGACGCCUUGAAUUCCGGCACAUAUCGUGAGUGGCAACAUCUGGAAAUCCUGAAGAAGCUGUGGGACGGUCCCAUUGUUCUCAAAGGCAUUCAGACGGUGGAAGACGCACACAAAGCGAUUGAAUAUGGCAUGGAUGGUAUCAUUGUUUCCAACCAUGGUGGUCGACAAUGCGACGGCGCCAUUGCAUCACUUGAUGCACUUGCCGAGAUUGCGGCCGACGAAACGGUCCAGAAAUCCAACCUGACCCUCAUCUUCGACAGUGGCAUCCGCACUGGUAGCGAUGUUCUCAAAGCAUUGGCACUGGGCGCGAAGGCCGUCUGUAUCGGUCGGCCAUUCAUGUAUGGCCUUGCCAUCGGAGGGCAAGAAGGCGUGGAACAUGUCCUUAGGUGUAUAUUGGCCGACACGGAUAAUAUGCUUGGCAACCUUGGGAAAAAGAGUGUCAAAGAUCUCUGCAGGCACGAUUUGCAGAUUCGUCAUGAGUCCAAGCUUUAGCAUCAAGGUCAUCAAUUAUGUUCAAGCCCUGGGUGAAAAUGACGGUCUGCGGCGGCGUGGAGCCGUUGGCCAGUGCUCGGACUUGCUUACAGUAAAUACCUUUCUCUAUCAUAACUUUGAGUAAAUCGUAUUUGUACCAGAACACCAUUGUUCUCUUUAUUGGCGAGUUUUGUGCAGCACCCCUUUGAUCCAGCAUGGAGUAGCG